AUGAGAAUUCUAUAUGUUAACAUUUGGAUCUCUUUGGUAAAUUAUAAGGUAGCAUAUAAAGAAUUAUCCGAAUAUUAAAGCAAUAAGAGCAAGAGUAGUAAUAACUACAUUAAUGGUUUCUGGAUAAUAAAAUGUCCAAAUUAAGAUCAAAAUAUAAUUUGGAACGCUUAAAACAGAUAUAACAAAAGCCUGGCCAUCAAUACCUUCGCUUUAGUAUCGUGGAUAUUUGUUUCCUCUAAUCAGUAAAUAAAACUCUUCAAGCUAGAUAGGAUUGAGAAGAGCUAUCAAUAUUGUUUCAUAAAUAUUAGGAUUUAAAUUUGCAGAAAUAGAAAAGAAGCAUAUAAGUCUCUCAAUGAUAUAAAAUGA